AUGGCAUUCCUUUGUCACGUGCUGGGCAACGUAGUGGUACAGAUUCAGAAAAACAAGCGACCCGUGGGCUCUCAGCGAGGGCUGCUGGCGGGCUUUGGCUCUCGGAUUUCAGCACUAGACCUGUGUCGGGCAGAACGCCGGGAAGGCCGGGGGGGCUGCAGGGCAGGCAGCGGAGGAGAGAGUGCGGCAGGCGCCCGCCUCGUCCUCCUACGCCCGCAGCUCUUGUGCCGGGGAACGGGCGGCAUGAGCGGCGGAGCGGCGGUGGGGGCUGCGCUGCUGGCUCUGGCGCUGGCGGCGACAGGGGAGGCGGCGGCGGUGCUGCGGGACGGCGGCUACGAGGGGCUGCUGGCCGCAGUGCAUCCCCGCGUGCCGGAGGACGGCAGGCUCCUCGCACGCCUCCAGGAGAUGAUCACCGAAGCUUCCUCUUACCUGUUCAAUGCUACAAAAGGCAGGGUCUAUUUCAGAAGCGUGAAGAUUCUGAUACCUCCGACGUGGAAAGAGAAAAAUUAUGAGAAACCAAAACACGAGACCUAUGAAAAGGCAGACGUCAUAGUGGCAGCUCCUUAUUGGAAACAUGGCGAUGACCCAUACACCCUGCAACACGAAGCUUGUGGAAAAAUGGGAAAAUACAUCCAUUUCACACCUAGCUUCUUAGCAAACGAUUAUGUGACAGACAUCUAUGGCUCACGGGGCAGAACCUUUGUGCAUGAGUGGGCCCACCUUCGCUGGGGGGUGUUUGAUGAGUAUGACAAUGACAGACCAUUCUAUGUCACUGGACAGAAUCAGGUUAAAGUUACAAGAUGUUCCUCUGAUCUUACUGGCAUCUAUGUCUGUGAAAAAAACUCCUGCUCUGAUGGUAGUUGUGUCAUUAAUAAGCUAACAGGACUUUUUAAGGAAGGAUGUGCAUUUAUUCCUGAGAGAAAUCAGACUGCAGUAUCUUCAAUAAUGUAUAUGCAAAGUUUAUCAUCUGUGGCGGAAUUUUGCAAUGAGCAUAAUCAUAACAGGGAAGCACCCAAUUUGCAGAAUCAAAUGUGUGACUACAGAAGCACAUGGGAAGUAAUUAAAAACUCUACAGAUUUUGAAAAUGAUCUUCCAUUGACCAACAGCAGCCUUAUUACCCCUCCCUCUUUCUCACUGCUUCAGAAGAGAGAGAGAGUCAUCUGUUUAGUUCUUGAUGUUUCCAAGACUAUAGCUGGGGGUAACUGGAUCAAUAGAUUGCAUCAAGCAGCAGAAUUGUAUUUACUGCAAAUUGUGGAAGAAAACACCUAUGUUGGAAUUGUCACAUUCAGUGACAAAGGAGAGAUCAAAACUCACGUGCACCAGAUAGUCAGUGACAAAGCACGGAAACAGCUUGCUUCAUAUCUCCCUACAGCUCCAGGGGGAAAAAGGGCAAAUGUUUGCGCAGGCCUGAGGCUGGCAUGUGAGGUGAUUAGGAAGAAAGAAGGACAUCUGUAUGGAUCUGAAAUUAUACUGGUGACAGGUGGACAGGACAAUAGUACAGGCAGGUGUUUUUCUGAAGUGAUUAAUGGUGGAUCAGUCAUCCAUACCAUUACUGUUGGGUCCUCAGCGGCUAAGGAAAUUGAACACUUCUCCAAAGAGACAGGAGGAUUUAAGUUUUUUGUCCCAGAAAGGCUGGACUUCAGUGACUUACUGGAUGUUUUCACUGGAAUUAUGUCCAGAAGUGGAGAUACGUUCCAUCAAUCUGUUCAGAUUGAAAGUGCUGGUGAAAGUGUUGCAGAAUACACGCAACUCAGGAGGACAGUGACUAUUGAUAGCACUGUGGGACGAGAAACCUUCUUUGUAGCCACAUGGCAAUCUGCUGAACCACCAGAAAUCAUCCUGACUGAUCCCAUCGGAAGAAGCUACACCGUCAAGGACUUUGAAUUAGAUUCAGUAUUCCAUGUAGCUCGCCUCCAGAUUCCAGGAACUGCAGAGACAGGAGACUGGGCAUACACAUUGAUAAAUGUUCACCUGGCUCCUCAAGUUCUGACAAUGACAGUAACUUCCCGAGCAGCAAAUUCUACUCUACCCACUGUGUCUGUGAAAACCUAUAUGAGUAAAGAUACAACUUACUAUCCCAGUGCAAUGGUUGUCUAUGUACAGAUUAGUCAAGGCUUUUCCCCUAUUCUUGGGGCAAGUGUCACUGCCACUGUCAGUUCAGAGAAUGGAGAUACGGUUUCCUUGGAACUUUUGGACAAUGGAGCAGGUUCUGACAUUUUUAAGAAUGAUGGCAUCUAUUCCAAGUACUUGUUUUCUUUUUCUGGGAAUGGAAGAUACAGCCUAAAAGUUCGUGUCCAAGCUAACAGGACUACUGUGCCACAAACUGCAAUGCCAUGGAGUUAUGCCAUGUAUAUACCAGGUUAUGUAGAAAAUGGUAAACUCAAGAUGAACCCAUCAAGACCCCCAGCUAUUAAAAAUAAUACUCAGGUCAGAAGAGGAGAUUUUUCUAGAACAGCUGUGGGAGACUCUUUCACAGUAUCUGCAGUUCCAACAGGACCUUAUAUUGAUGUUUUUCCACCAUGUAAAAUUAUUGACCUUGAUGCCAGAAUGGAAGAUGAUAAAGUCAUUCUAUCAUGGACUGCACCAGGAGAUGAUUUUGACAAAGGCCAAGCCACAAGUUAUGAAAUCAGAACAAGUGAGACUCCUCUGGAAUUAAGGGACAGCUUCUAUAACACUACUUUUGUGAAUACUUCCACUCUAUCACCUCAGCAUGCUGGCUGCACAGAAAUAUUUGUGUUUAAACCAGAAGCUUUUACAACAGGGAACAUAACUGUAAUCUAUGUUGCAAUACGUGCUGUGGAUGAAGUUUUUCUUCGCUCUGAGCUAUCUAAUAUUGCACAAGCAGUAAUGUUUAUUCCUCCAAUGGCAUAUCCCCCUUCUAAUUUGAAGUUUGGUGUUUCAACGAUAUUGUUACUAUUCUUUGUAUUAUUAACAGCAGUGUGUCUAACAGUAAGUACAAGCCUUUGUUUAGUAAAGAAAAAGAAGAAAAAGAAUCUUUCAGAAAAUUCAGCUAAGCUGCUUCAGCAUAAAGUGUAAGUUUGUCAGAGCUCUGGGUACUUUAAAACAUUUUACCGCUUAGACUUGUAAAAGUAAAUAUCCUACAAUAAACAGAGUAAACAAAGUAAUCAGAUUCCAGAUAUUAUGAAGACACAGUGAUUUAACACCUGCAUCAUGCUGUCUAUGAAUUUUAUCAUGGAAGAUUGAAUGACAGUAAAUCAGAUCAUAGGCUGAUAGCUUGUACUGCAAUUAUGCAAUAUUUGUGUACAGUCUUGACACUGUGCAGUGCCAUGGCCUGUUCUUACUGUGUGGUGGAAACGUUUUGAUUAAACUGAGAGAGAUACUGAAGAUGCUGUUCCUUUUUAAAAAACAGACAACAAGCAAAACUAAGCAGUGUGAGUUGUGUUUAUGUUUCUGUAAGCGCAUACGCCAUUCAGCUUCUAGGCAUGGUGGGGAAUUCCCAGAGAGGAGGAAACUGUGAUCGCAGGGUGGGGGAGAAACUUCUGCAACAAGACGGAAAUAAUCUUUGUCCUGACCCAACUGAAGACAAAAGAAAUAAAAGCCAGAGCAGAAGGAAGGAGAUCAACUGGGGCACUCUGCUUUCAGCUCUCUGACAUGUCAUGCCUGGAGAAAAACUGUACAGUCUGCAAUGGUUUCAGUAUGUUUCUGCUAUUAAUCACUUGUAUCCUUAAACAAGCAAACACAGAAAAUGGCUUUCCACCCUAGAGAUGGAUCUCUGCUAUCAAAAAUCUCAUUAGAACUUUUCUUCCCUGUUGUUACUUCUCCCCUUGGGUUUAGAAGGCUGAAAAGUGCUUAUUAACAACACACUGGGUUGCUUUGAGUGUACUGUGUCCUUCAAGGAACUUUUCCUGCUUCUAUACAGACAUUAAGGUUAUUCUUUUAUUUUUGUCUACAUCAGUACAUGUGUCAAUGUAUGUGAAUGUUUGUGUAUGUGCACAUAUGUGUGCAUGUGUUGUGGGGGCUUGCUUUUUUUCCUGUAAUGAGAUUGCAAAUAUAAUGAUUAUCUGACUGAAAGCCAUGUGUAAAGAUAAGACAGGGCAAUAUCUUAUGAUCAGACUCUGAGUCAGUUUGUACUCUACUAUUUCAGAGAGAAAAGAACUGAAGAAACUCUAGAAUAUGUUUUGUUAGAUUUGCAUUGUUUCUUUGAAAUGAAUUGGAUACAUACAACAAAGUCAGCUCGGUUCUCUGAUGCAGGGAGGAUUUUUUCCUCAAAGAAUACAGUAUAAGUGCAGUGUAUAGAGCAUUUCAUAGCAGGUGCAGACUUGAAGAGUUUGCAUUACAUGGCUAAAAUUUGGCAUUUACAUGUCAUUGCCACCACCUCUUCAUUGCACCUCUGUGGGGUGACAGCUGCUGUUUCUGCACCCAGAGAGGAGCCAAUUUUGUGGCAGCCACAGCUGGAAAUAACUCAGCACACCCUCCUGAGAAGUAGAAGUGAGGUUGCUGUUUGGUGCUUUAGCUCUUUGGUGAUAAUGUACAUUAGAAAAAGAAAAGCACAGAAGCCUAUGGAAAGAGAAAGAUGAGGAAAGAAAUUUUGGCACAGAAGCUAUCCUUGUUAAAAUCUAUCCAAAGUGAAGAACUUAGGGCAGAUCUCUCUGUGAGAGAGACAGGAUCAUAUGAAGGGUAUAAGCAGGAAGUCACCAGAGCUGAACAGCAUUCCUGCCCAUUCCCAAUCCUUUUUAUUUAUAGUUGAGUCUAAAUCCAGGGACAGGUUUUUGGAGAUUUAAAUACUUCCUUUCCUAAUGUAGGAGGUGAAGGAGCAAAACUGCUGUUAUCCAAUGAAUGUAGGAUAGGUGGUAGGUAAGAUAGAAUAAAAAAACAGGCAGAGAAGCAGUGAGGGGUGACACAGGAUGGUGUUUCCAUGGGCUCUGGUCUGACAGAAGACGGUGCUGCACCGGGAGGACAGGCCCGGCUCUGCAGGCCGUCCAGCUGCAUGGCCACCACCUUCCUUCAGCUGCCACCAAGUGACCUGGGUAAACCUGAUCACUUUUCUGAGUCAGCUGAAACCUCUCCUGUGUUUCCAGAACAAGAUACGGAAAAUGGCCCUACAUUAUAUUGGUUCACAUUCCUUUGUGAAACCUUGCCCUUGGAAGAGAGUCAAAUGUUACAGAUUGCUUCUGAGAUUUUGUGUUCUGCCCUUUGAGAUCAUUUCACCUUCUUGCUGAUUGAACCAGGAAGGGAGAGGGUAUCAUCACCGAAAAAAAAAAAAGGAAGAAACAUACUUUUCCCUUGGAUCAAGUUAAAAGACAAGAAUAAAACAAGCACAAUUUUUAUUAUGAUCAAAAUCCAAUGAGUAAAUAGAAACAAAUAGAUGAGCAAACAAAACCACCACCACAGAAAACAACAUCCAAGCAAGAACAGAAAGUAUGGGAUAAGCACACCAAAAUGACAGAAAUAAAUACUUCUUCAGCUUCACGUAGCCAGAAAAUGGCUGAUUUCAAUUACUAUGUGGCAAUAUAGUUUUGACAAUGCAGAAAUGACCACAAAUGUUAACUGCUUGCUCCAUGAUGAAAGAAAAAUCUGAAACUGAAAUGCUUUUUAGUUUUGAAUAUCAGUUUUAUUCUUCUGUACAUGGCAGCAGAACAGAGCUGCAGAGGGAGUGACAAGUUCAAGGCAGUUCUAAGAAUUACAGAACAGUAACUAAGUGCGCGGUGUUUAUCAAGAUAUCUUAACAGAUAUUUCUCAGUGAUGAUGAUGCAUGACUGUUGUCGUGUCAGCUUUUUUUGGUUUUCAUGGCAUCUGGCAAAACUUGAAGAAGUGAUCAAGUGAAGAAGUAUUUGAAGAGUUCUGCCUUCCUUUAUGGACUGUUCCUGGAGUGCAGUGAUUACUGCUGUGAAGAUUAUAAAAAGGUACGUGACUACACUUACUAGGUCAUGUCCAACUAUGUGUUUCCUUGUCUGCCAUCCCAUGUUAUUACUUGGUUUGGACUUACUGAAAGGUUUUGUGAUGUUUACAACUAAACAACAGGAAUAAUUUUCUUCAGGAA